AUGAAGCCGGCGCGGCUGCUGCUGCUGCUGAGCGGGUGCGCGCUGCUGCUGGCGCCGGCCGUGCGCGGCUGCGGGCCGGGCAGGGUGGUGGGCAGCCGCCGCCGCCCGCCCCGCAAGCUCAUCCCGCUCGCCUACAAGCAGUUCAGCCCCAACGUGCCCGAGAAGACGCUGGGGGCCAGCGGCCGGUACGAGGGGAAGAUUGCGCGCAACUCGGAGCGCUUCAAGGAGCUCACGCCCAACUACAACCCCGACAUCAUCUUCAAGGACGAGGAGAACACCGGCGCCGACCGCCUCAUGACCCAGCGCUGCAAGGACCGCUUGAACUCCCUCGCCAUCUCCGUCAUGAACCAGUGGCCGGGGGUGAAGCUGCGGGUGACGGAGGGCUGGGACGAGGACGGGCACCACUCGGAGGAGUCGCUGCAUUAUGAGGGCCGAGCCGUGGACAUCACGACCUCGGACCGGGACCGGAACAAGUACGGCAUGCUGGCUCGCCUGGCCGUGGAGGCUGGUUUCGACUGGGUCUACUACGAGUCCAAGGCGCACAUCCACUGCUCCGUCAAGUCAGAGCACUCGGCCGCUGCGAAGACGGGGGGCUGCUUCCCAGGGCGGGCGCUGGCGACGCUGGAAAACGGCGCCCGGACGCCGCUGUGGGCCCUGCGGCCGGGCCAGCGGGUGCUGGCGAUGGACGGGGCGGGCCGGCCCACCUACAGCGACUUCCUGGCCUUCCUGGACAAGCAGCCGCACGCCCUCGCCGCCUUCCACGUCAUCGAGACGCGGGAGCCGCCGCGGCGCCUGGCCCUGACGCCCACCCACCUGCUCUUCGUGGCCGAGAACGGCACGGCGCCCGCCGCUCGCUUCCGCCCCACCUUCGCCAGCCGCGUGCGCCCGGGACACUUCGUGCUGGUGGCCGCGGGGGCGGCCGGCUUGCAGCCCGCCGAGGUGGUGGGCGUGCGGGGCCGGACGGACGUGGGGGCCUACGCGCCGCUGACGCGCCACGGGACGCUGGUGGUGGACGACGUGGUGGCCUCGUGCUUCGCCCUGGUGCAGGAGCAACAGCUGGCCCAGCUGGCCUUCUGGCCGCUCCGGCUCUACCACAGCCUGGUGGGGUGGCCCGCGGCGCAGGCGGACGGCGUGCACUGGUACUCGGGGCUGCUGUACCGCCUGGGCAGGCUGCUGCUGCCCCCCGAGAGCUUCCACCCGCUGGGGACGGCGCGGGCGGAGAGCUGA